GAGAAUGCGGAAGUUCGUCUGACAAGGUUUUUGGGGCGUGUCAGCCUUUAAAUAAUAGAACUGAUGCUUCCAACAGAAGUUUUCCUCCGAGGGAAAGACUCCUGAUCACUUGAGGACAACAGAGAAAGUGUGUGUCAACACAAUGGCAUCAUCCACCCCUCUAUCCAAGGCCAACACCACCUUCUCUCUGGCUUUGUUCAAAAAGCUGAGUGAUGACGACAAGAGCGCAAAUAUCUUCUACUCCCCUUUUAGCAUCUCUUCAGCCCUGGCUAUGGUGAUGCUGGGGAGCAGAGGCAACACAGCCACACAGAUGUCAGAGGUCCUCUGCUUCACUGAGGCAGAGAAGCCACGGCAUGCAGGGGAGAUGCAGAUGCAGCAGCAGGUCCAGUCCAGACUGCCACCGUAUCUGCUGAAGUGCCUGAAAACCCAGGAUUUUCAGGAUGAAGUCCACGUUAGCUUUGCCCAACUGCUGAACGAGCUCAACAAGCCAGACGCUCCGUAUGCCCUCAGCGUUGCCAACAGACUGUACGGAGAGCAGUCCUACCAGUUUGUUGAGGAUUUCUUAGGAGGCACCAAGAAGCACUACAAGGCAGAGCUGGAGCCUGUGGACUUCAUUACCAGCUCAGAGGUGGCAAGGCUCAACAUCAACAACUGGGUGGAGAAGCAGACACAAGGUAAAAUUAAGGAUGUGCUGGCCCAGGGUGUGGUGGACAGCAUGACCAGGCUGGUGCUGGUCAAUGCCAUCUACUUCAAAGGCAACUGGAACAGUCAGUUUCAGGAGAGCGCCACACGUGAUGCUCAGUUUAGAGUCAACAAGAAUGACCACAAGCCAGUGAAGAUGAUGCACCAGAAGAGGAAAUUCCCUUUAACCUAUAUCCCUGAGGCCAACUGCCAGAUCCUAGAGAUGCCGUACAAAGGAAAGGAACUCAGCAUGCUUAUCUUUUUACCUAAUGAAAUAGAGGACAGCACAACAGGUCUGGAGAAGCUGGAGAAGGAGCUGACCUAUGACAACUUUGUGGAGUGGACUCGUCCAGACAUGAUGGAUGAAAUUGAGGUCCAGGUGGGGCUGCCGCGGUUCAAGAUGGAGGAGAAGUACGACAUGAAGAAUGUCCUGGUCAGCAUGGGCAUGGUGGAUGCCUUUGACAUGGCAAUGAGUGACUUCUCUGGCAUGUCUCCGGCCAACGACCUGGUGCUGUCGAAAGUCAUCCACAAGGCCUUUGUGGAGGUCAACGAGGAGGGAACUGAGGCUGCCGCUGCCACCGCUGCCGUCAUGAUGCUGCGCUGUGCCUUGCGGCCAGCCACCUUCUUCGCAGACCACCCCUUCCUCUUCUUCAUCCGACAUAACCCCUCCAUGAGCAUUCUCUUUGCAGGCCGAUACUGCUCCCCCGUUUAGAGCAGUGUUUUUCAACUGGAGGGUGGUUACACCACACCUACUAUUGCAACAGCAUAGUAGUCCCGUCCUAUAUUUUCUACACCACUGUGAUUUUGCUGUUGGGUUUUCUAAGCUGUGGCUUCUUGUCUACAUUACUUCUUACACUAGUGAUUCUGUGUUUGUCCUGUGCCUUCUUGAACACUAAGUUCUUGCACUUUUUAUCUUUUGCCCAUAAUCUCAUCCUUAGCAUCUGGUUUACGUCAUGUUUGUAAUGCAUGUAUGGCCCUAUUUGCUGCACCCUCACACCCUACCCUGGUUUAUCUAUACUUUUAAAGUCUGGUUAUCUUAUCUCAUACCUUACAUCCUUUGAAAGAAUUUGCCUUUAUCACAGUGUCUGUUACAAAAUGUGACAGUUGCAUGAUUCUCAGCACUUUCUAUCUUUAUAUAUUUUCAGUUAACCAAAGAGAAUAAUGUGUGAUUAAUGUGAUUGUUGUAAUCAAGCAAAGCCCAGUAAUUUGUAAUUGCACCAUUAUGCAUAUAAUGAAUAUAGACCGUGGAGAACAAUAACUUACAAGAAAGUUUGAACCGGACAUUUUUGUGGAGGCUUGUACUUUUAAAUAUGGAAUAAAUGUGUGUGGUUUGCA